UUACAUUGACAAGCCAAGAUAAAUGAAGCCAUCGACUUGUUUUUAUAACUUUUACUAGCUGUCAAUUGAUCGAUCGAGCAUUUUUACAUAUUCAUUGGAUGUUCAUAAUGUUCACGUUACAUCACUGAUAAAUUGCUGCCAGUUGUAUACAUAGCAGAUAAAACUGUUUGUGGGUAUCUUACCCAACGUGUGUGUCAUAGCGACAUAACGUUAUAUUGCUUCCAUCAGUCCGUUUAAUUAAGUCGUUUUAGGACAUGCCUGUGGCUUUAUAUCUCCGACACAUUUCGGCAGUUGAACAAGUAUUGUAUACUUAGAGUCGAAUAGAAAGGCGAGUACGUUAGAGCAAGCGAAACUCAGACGAGGUUUCACAGUACAAAUCAUCCAGAGCUUAUGAAAAAUUACGAUCGACGUGGAAAAUUACAAGAAUGGCGCACGAUCAUAGAAUCAGCAUCGUUACUGUACCAGAUAAACCUACCGAACACCACAAAACCGAGUCAGAUGAAGCAAAUCGAAGGAAGAGCGGUGGCUUCGAGGCAGCCAUUGCCGCAGCUGGCCAUGGAAAAUUUCAAUAUCUUCUCCUUCUGGCGAUUAUCCCGGUAUCUUGGGCAACCAGCAUCGACACUUCCAGUGUCGCGAUCAUCCUCCCCUCCGCAGAGUGCGAUUUACAAAUGACAUUCUUUCAAAAGGGUGUCCUAAAUGCCGUCACGUAUGUAGGAAUGGUUUCCAGUGGUUUUCUAUGGGGCUACAUCGCCGAUGUCAAAGGCAGGAGAUCCGUUUUCCUUUACGGCUAUCUAGCUGACAGUAUUUGUAACAUUCUGUCGGGGUUCUCGCAGAAUUUCUGGAUGCUCGCGUGUUUCAAAUUCCUCAAUGGUUUUAUAAUAAGCGGCCCCCACGCGUCCAUCGUCGCUUACACUUCUGAAUUUUUCGGGGACAGAACAAGAGGAAAAAUUCCAUUGAUCCUCGGAUUUUCCAUCACGUUUGGAAAUAUCGUGAGCGCAGGGCUCGCGUUCAUCGUCAUUCCACAACGGUGGUCCGUCGUCCUGUGGGACGGCGCGUUUGUCUAUAAUUCAUGGAGACUCUUUCUAUCCGCCUGUGGUGUGCCAAUAUUGAUCGGCGCUAGUUGUCUCUCCCUUUUCCCGGAAAGCCCGAAAUUCCUCAUGUCGCAGGGUCGUAUGGAGGACGCGUUGAAGGUUUUCAAGAAGAUCUACAGAAUAAACACGGGGAAAUCCGCGGACGAGUACCCGAUAGAUUAUCUGGAGAACGAGCUCCCUAAAGCGGGAUUCAACGACAACGAUCACGAUGGAAAAAUAAAAAAGAGGGCGAUUUUCUUUAAUCCGCAUCUGCCUCGAAUCAUCAUGGUCAUGAUCAUACAAUUUGGAUCGAUGUACACAACCAACACGACUCGCCUGUGGCAGCCUCAACUUUUCACGAUACUGGAAAAUUUCGACCCGGCGGAUCACAAUCUGACGGCGGAGCACAGUUCGACGUUUUGCGAAAUCUUGGAUCUCUCCACCGUUGCGAACGGAACUUUCGCAGCCACUGCGGGAAACGCGACUUGUACAAACAUCGUCGUCGACGACUCCGUUUACGUGAACACGGUCAUUGUAGCCGCCUUCGGAUGUCUCCUUCUUCUGUUGAAUAGCUUUCUACUGAAUAUACUGAGCCACCAAAUCUUACUGUAUAUUUCUUACGGAGUAGCAUUCGCGUGCAUAGUCGGCCUGUACUGGUCGUCGGAAAUACUUGUAACGUUAAUUCUAACGAGUUUCUUCAUUGGAUUGACGAACACCACUCAAAAUAUAAUCAUCGCCGCAACUGUCAUCAUGUUUCCAACUUCUCUAAGGACGAUCGCAGUGAGCCUGGUGAUGACAAUCGGUAGAAUAGGAUCGAUCGUUGGUAACAUGCUCUUUCCAAUUUUACUGGCACAAGGAUGCAUCGCACCCAUGAUCCAGUUGGCGUGCUUGAUCUUACUCUGCACCACUUUAACGUGUUUCCUUCCACUGAAGGCGACCAAGAAGGCCAAGCAAUAAGAAAUAACGAUCUGCAGAAUCAGUUCAGUUUUCCAGCCACGCAUAGCGAGUCCAUCUCAUACUGGAAACCUGCGUCCACAACGAAGGAACAACCCUCGUUAGAAUUGGGCCAACGUGGACAAACAGUCGACACUGCCAGUAGCCGGCAGACCGAAAGAUAAAAUAGAUUUAUACGUGACUGCGUUACGGUAUUAAGCGUCUCUCCGAGGAUUUGCCAACUUCGCGGAGAAGUUUCUACGUGCAAACACAUACUCCCUGUGUGACCACUGGAUGGUAGAUCGCAUCUCAGAUAGCCUACAGACCCCGUUCCCCGACGUUGAACCAAGUUGAAUUACGCUCAUCCUUGAAUCGUUCCGAAAUGAACCGCGAUGCUUCAAACGACGUAACAAACGACAUACGAAUGCAUUCUAAAGGGAGGCAGGCAAACUCAAUCGAAUGAUCAAAGAAACGCGCGAGUGGAUGAGCGAGCCAGUAAUUAGCGUGGCCACUAAUAUUACGAAGCAUAUGCCAGUGAAACGAAACAAGAGAUUAACAGAAGAGGAUAUGCAAAACGAGAGGAUAAUAGAGAAACAGAGGAUCGAGGCAAGGAUCGAGAGAACAACGACGACGACAACGGUGUGUUCGUUGCACAAUGGAAGGGCGGGAUGUUUCCAGUCGGGCACUCCUCACGGUCAUAUUUUUCAGCCGGAGGAGAGGAUCGAUCUCGAUUUGAAACAAUGAUCGAGCGCCUCGAGGACGAACACGCGGUGUGUUCCUCGGCAGUGUGGCGGGCACCAAGUUGGCUCGCGGGGGCCUUGGGUUUCACUUUCGACACAUCCUGGAGAGCCCUCCGCGCUGCAGCCUUCACCCACAUGCUCGUUCUUCUCGAUCCCCCGCGCGCUACGGCUCCGUUUGCAGGCCCGGCGUUUCGUGUGGACGCUGGUUUUAUCGCUCGCCCGGGAUCUCGACACCUUCGCGCCGGCCACGUUGAUCGAGUAAUUACGCGUGUCCAUAAAAGCGACCGCGCGUAUCACAAUGGGAGAAAGUCAAGGUGUCAAGUUGGCCGCAACCUGACGUUCUAUUCAGUCGAUAGAUUGAUGACUGGAUUUUCUUUUUUUCUUUUCUUUUUUUUUUUUUGGUUUGAUUCAUCCUCGGACGACGGAAACUGGUUCGUUAGAUUACGACUCGGUGCAGAUAUUUAUUGGAAAAUCGUAUUCUUUAUGUAUGAAACGACUUGGUAUAUAUUAUGCUAUAUAUAUUUUCUAUAUUCUUAUGUAUCAGUUUUCGUAGGAAUCAAGGUGCAAUAUACAUUACUUUAUUAUUUCGUAUAUUGUUCGAUCACACGCGCUGUGGAAGUAUUUCAUUUUACGUUUCAUGAUUCGAUGCUACUUGUAUGUUUGUGAGUUUAAUUACAGUUACGAUCCAUGUGAUCGUGAAAUAGAAAGAACAUUCAUUUAA